UUUACCGACACCGGAUGGCUGGGCGGCGCGCACAUUCACCGAGCCAGUGGAUGAACUUGAAGUGUUUGAUGGAUUCACGCAUCAGACACUUUGCGAAGACGAGCAGUAAGCUAUCAUCUCCAGAUGUCUGUGCAUUGGAAGAAAACACACCCACCCACGACGGAGUGACUCACGGUUUAAAGUAGUCGAAUAAGCGGUCGCCGGUGCGGACGGGGAGAUUUCUGCGUGGGGUUAUCCCGCUCUCUUCCUGGUACUUAAAGCAGCGCCAAGUGUGGUUUUAUGGGGAAGAGAGGCGUUGAGCUGGAGCCGCCACAAGGACACACAGCUGGCCACAUAUGGAUAACACGCACCAUACCAGCGCAUCUCCAUAAAGUACCACACUCUUCACCAACCCUGCCCUGAAACUCCAUUCAUCUCCACUCAACAAACGGACUCAAUUUACUCCAGAAACACCACUAUUAUUUACAAAAAGAGGCUUCAAAUUACUUUUUAUUUUAAGUUUGAAAGCUUCUCCAGCAGGAAGAUGCGUCAGGAGGUGUCGAGGAGGCUUCAGAUGCAGCUGGUGAUGUGCUCCAUACUUCUUUUUAGCUUGGGGACAGGAUUUCCAAGCAGGCACAGGAAUGCUGCUCACAAGGGUCACGGCCACCCAGUUCAGAGCGUUGGGACCCAGUAUGACCCUGAUGACUUGGAAAGGCAGAACCAGGUGCAAAGUAUGCCGGAACCCCACAGCCACCAGAGACGGUGGUCCCACCCUCAGCACCACUCUGUGGGAGUGCUUCCUCAGCCAGAACCUGAGGAGGAGACAAAACCCUUUAUCCUGGAUUUGAAGAACUUCCCAGACCUGGCGAAUGGCGACGUGAACUCUCAAAACCCCAAUAUACAGGUCACAAUUGAGGUUGUGGAUGACCCUCAGAUGGAGGUAGAGAUGGACCUGGCCAAGGACAAUGAGUGGAUACCAGCGUCUUCCUCCUCUCCUUCCUCCUCAGUAGAUUGGCUCGGAGGAAAGAAGCUUUUCUGGCCACUUUUCUGGAGUUACACCGAUUCAAGCGAAGACAGCAGUAGCCGAUCAACCGCGGAGGAAACCGGUGAAGAAGAGGAGGAAGAUUAUUCGCUGGAUUACGGCAGCGAGGAGUCCUUACUCAGCGGAGUGGGCGGGGAUUGGGACAGUCACUGGAACGAAGGCUGGGAUCCAAUACAGACCUACUAUGAGAAGGACACCGACGAGUGGACUCCUUGGUCUCCCUGUUCAGUCACAUGUGGACCCGGCGAGAGGAAGAGGACCAAGUCUUGCGGCUACUCGUGCACUCUGACGGAAGCCUCAAAGUGUGACCUGGAGCCUUGUCCUGGUGAAGUCAACACAGUGGUUGAGCCUUUUCCGUUUGAGAUGGAGAAUGGCACUGAACCAUUUGGAACGGAUGUGGACAGCUGUGAAAAGUGGCUCAACUGCAAGAGCGAUUUCCUGCAGCGAUACCUCCACCAGGUGUUCCUGGAGCUGCCCAGCUGCCCCUGUUCCUUCCCCUCCGAGGUGGCGUACACCGUGGUCAGCGUCUACGACGACACUCACGGACGUACCUUCCGAUGGCGUGACGCCAGCGGGCCGAAGGAGCGCCUCGACAUCUACAAGCCGUCGGCCCGCGGCUGCAUCCGCUCGGCGCUGUCCGGCGACUCUUCUACGCUGGCGGCGCAGCACUGCUGCUACGACGACCGCGGGCGGCUCAUCACUCGGGGGAAAGGCGCCGGCAUGCCCAACCUGAUCAGCACCGAGUUCUCGCCCGAGCUGCACUUCAAAGUGGACGUGCUGCCCUGGAUCCUGUGCAGGGGAGACUGGAGCCGCUUCCACGCCGUGCGACCGCCCAAUAACGGCCUGAGCUGUCCACAGAACCCCCAUGAGGACGUGUUCAUGAACGAACUGGAGGAGGCCAGGGAGUACUGACGGACUGCAGCCACCUUAGAAAUCAUGUACUGUUUGCCUAAAGCAUGCGGCAGCCAUUUAUCAUGCAUUACCAAGAGAAAACCUUCCCCAAUGUCCUCACAUCAGGCUCAACUGAAGGAACUGAAUGGCACAAACCUACUUCAUGCUUUGUAUAGGCUUCACAUGUGGAAGUCCAAGCUGGUUAUACCCACAACAAUGCUGCUACACUCAAACAUCUUUCCCUAAAUAGUUCAGCGGGGCAUUAAAUGACAACAAGUCAAAGCUACGAAUGAAGUCAUUUGGAAUCCAGAGCGAUAAGCUAAAGGCUGUGAUGGUAUGAAUGGCUAGAAUAGCUUUCAAGCAGUGAUGGUGUUUGACGACCCAUCCCUUUCCACAGGCAGGAAAAAACAUGACAUGGGUGCCAAAGAGCAUACCUGUCAACCCGGGAAACUUUUAAUACUUUCCCGUAUUAAACAACAACAAAAACAAUUGGUGGAAAGAGCAGAAUUUCCCUUAUUUUUCCUCAUUUCCCUUAUUUUCAAAUGCAAAUGUUGACAGGUAUGCCAAAGAGUUGACAAUCAGUGAUGGUGCCUGUGUACAUCCUGCCUCCUUUCAGUCUCUAUGGUGCAAAUGUAUUGCAACAAGGUUCUACGGUCAGUAAAUGUGUUUCUCACACGUUCUCAGGGGGACUCCAAAAAGUGAGCGAAAUGGAAAAAAAAAAGAAAAAAGUCAUCCAAUUACCUGGACAAUUGGACCUGGUACAUAGUAGACGGUGUCAGGCGUGUGCAAUUCAGAUUGGAAUUGAUGAACAGAUGAUGCAUUUUGGGAUGCCUCCUGAAUGUGGCGAUUAGAAAGAAAGGACGUUCCUGCUCACGCACUCGGUAAUUCCACUAAACGCAUGCAUACCUGUCAGCCCUCAAAUUUUGCCCUUUGCUCCUGUUUUAAAGGUUUCCCGUAUUUGAACUUUCCCCCUCCAAAAAAUUCUCUCCGGUUCUGCAGGAGCAGCGCACAGCACAUCGGUGUAACACAUCCUGUAGCCCAGGGGUCUCAAACUCACGGGACAUAUUUCGUGGCCCCUUCCAUGACAUCAAAGUUUAGUAUAAGUGCGGCCCGUGCACCCCGGGUGAGUUAUAUUUAUAUUUCAUAUAUUGUGGCGAUCUUGAUCCCCUCAAGAGACGGUGAGAGGCACUUCAGGUUAAAAGAAGAGACAGAACACUACACUACAAUCGCAUCGCAAACAUGAAAAUGAGUAAACACACAUGGGGAAACUACUACGGCAAGCGGGAGAAAUAAACAACAGCUACAGCCAUGGAAAAUAUGAUGAGACCACCCUUGUUUCUUCCGUUUAUUGAUCCGUUUUAAUGCCUGGCACAUUUGUUUGGACAAAUAUAAUGAUGAUAGCAAAUAUAGCUUGUAAGAGUUUCAUUUAAGAACUGAUAUCUAGCAGCUUCCAUGGUUUUCUUGAUAAUAACCAAAAUCACUUAAGUUCUUACAUGAAUAGCUCUAGCAUUGUACCGCCAAAAAAUGUAACUCUCAUGGGCUAUUUUUGUUGUCAUUGUUACAUUUGUGCAAACAAAGGUACCUUUAGUUGCAUCAGGCAUUAACAUCAACAAGAAACUGAAGAAACAAGGGUGGUCUAAUCAUUUUUUCCAUGACUGUAUGUUCACUCUUAACUUUAGCAACUCAUGUAAGCGCCCACGAGGUGUACUCGGAAGCAUGCCCGGCAUGCCUUGCGGCACGUCGCUUGCCGCAACUUCUGUCUUAGACAUGUAGGGGUGCUGGUAGAAAUGAUUUUUCCCAGAACAAAAAUGUUUGCGACACAUUUCACUUGCAAAUGUUGACAGGUAUGACAAAUUGUCCUUUCGAUCUAAUCAACUUCUCCGGAUGUUGGCUCCAAAUCUCCCUUUUCUUCAGGACUGAUUUGAAUGGAAGGCACUUUAUUUAAGGUAUAUGUACUAGAUAGUAUAUAUAUAUAUAUAUAUAUAUAUAUAUAUAUAUAUAUAUAUAUAUAUAUAUAUAUAUAUACAACAGAUGUAUUGAUUGAUGACGUUGUGAAGGGAAAGGGUGUUGUCCAAUGAAGAUGGACCUAUGAAGUAUUAACGUUGACAAAAGCAUGAUUUUGGGGGGAAUCUCGAUAUACAUAUGUGGUUGUACAGUAUUUAUUUGUCUGAUUCUUCUUUUUUUUGAGCUUUGAAACACGUGUCGGACUGAGAAAUGCAAAAAAAAAAAAAGGGAACUCACUUCUUUGCUCGCAUCUGUGUUGUAUUCUUUGUUGUACUUCAUUGCUUUCGUUGUUGAAAUCAUGCUG